UCUUCUUUUUAUGCAGAUAAGCAAUUAGUUAAACCAACACUAUGGUUUUCUUGUUUCUGAUGCUUUUAGAAUCUAUAAGGAAGCAACAGUGUAGCAUGGAGAAGGCAUAUUUGACAAGUAACAAGAAUGGCAAGCGGGACUGUAACAGCUCCUGCUUGGAAGGUGACCAUUCAUGUUGUUGUGGGUUAACGUGGCCUCCAAAACAUUAUACAUGUAGCUUUUGCAAGAGAGAAUUCAGGUCAGCUCAAGCUCUUGGAGGUCAUAUGAAUGUGCAUAGGAAGGACAGAGCCAGGUUGAGAUUGUUACCUUCUUGGGCUUUCGAAUGUCAGAACCCUGAACCCAACUCUAUACCUAACCCUAAUUCUUCACCAGUAUCUUUAUCCUCUCAUUCUGUUAACUUCUCACUCUAUCCCCAUCAUUCUUUGCUUUCUCCAUUACUCAGUACUCCUUCGUCUUCCCCACCACCAUAUAGGGAAAACCUGAGAAAGCCUUUGAUCCCUCAACUUGGAGGUUUGUCAAAAGAGAAGACGAUGUCACCUUUUCUUGGGGUUGAAAAACUGAAGAGGCAUGCACAAAAAUAUGAGCUGGAGGUUGGUGGGGUAACCGGCGUAGACUCGGAGACUGAGUUCAAAGAUUCAAAGGAGGUUUUGGAUUUGGAGCUUCGACUCGGGUAUUUUUAGGUCCAAUCGGCCUUGCGACUUUAAAUUUUAUGUAUCAGCUUUCAUCAUCUAGGUUGCAUUUGCUUCUUUUUUUUUUGUUUCUAUUUUUCUAUUUUAUCAUUAUGAGAAAGGAGAAAGAAAGAAAUGUGAGAAAACUGUUAUCCCCACAUUCCGAAAUUUUCUUUGUUUCCCUAUAUAUAAUCCUUC